UUCAAAACAUUAGGCAAGCAUGCUUGCUUACUAAAUGGAAAACGCUGUAUAUUAUAGAUGAUGCCGAGUAAUAUACUCUCAAUCUGUCUGUUAGCUAAAAUAGAAAAUACAUUUAUCCAAUGGAAUAAACAAUGUUUAAACAACAUAACUUAGAUGUCAGCAAGAAGGGAGGACAUCUCACAUAUUGUUUCUGCCAUAAACAACUCAGCCUAUUAUUUCACCACCAGCUCCUGUUCUGGAAGCAUUCUUCUCAUAGAUGGAAGUGAGGUGUCAGACGCUCCAGAUGUGCAGAAACUGAACUGUCCCUGGCUUUUCAUCACCAAGAAAUGUCAUAUGGGCGAUUUGAUGUCUGAUUUGGAGAUGUCAUGUGAAGAUGCUGUGUUGAAGUUUGGUUUUGUGCUUCAUGUCCAAUGCAGACAGCUUGAAAAUGCACAGCGGCUGCACUCUUUGGCAAUAAACUCUGGCUUUAGAAACUCUGGAUUGACUGUAGACAAGAAGGGCAAAUCAUAACUGUUUGCAGUCCGAAGUACCCAUGGUCUGGAGGUUCCACUGAGCCACAAAGGACAGGUCCUGGCAAAGGAGGAUUACAUCUACUUCCUUGUGGAAGUAGCCAAUCAGAAAAUGGAGGAAUAUGUCAAACAAAUUGAGAGGUUCUACGAGUGGCUACAGUCUGCUUUGCAACCAGCUGAACCUCAAAGCCCAAGUAGACAGGAGACGGAGGAGAAAUCUGUUUACAAGCAACGGAGGAAAGGAGGACAGACAGAUGUUUAA